AUGCGGAUUAAAAAAACACACAAUACUACGGAGCAGAGCGACGUGGAGUCCCCGCUGGCGUGUGAGGUUCCGGCCCCGCAGCAGGGCGGCGCGGGGGGCAGCUGGGGACGCAGCCCGGGGAGCUCCAUCACCGCCCGGAGGAAGGUGCUUCGCAGCAACAGCCUGCUGGAGUCCACAGACUACUGGAUGCAGAAUCAGAGGACGCCCUGCCGGAUUGGUUUUGUGGAAGACAAGUCUGAAAACUGCGCUUCGGUCUGCUUUGUGAACCUGGACAUAAACAAGAAUGAGGGCAGUUGUGAACACCUGCAGCAGAAACUGGUCAAUGUUUCACCAGAUCUUCCAAAACUUAUUAGCUCCAUGAAUGUCCAACAGCCAAAAGAAAAUGAAAUUGUCCUUCUAAGUGGGUUAACAUCUGGAAACCUCCAGGCUGAUUUUGAAGUUUCACAGUGUCCUUGGCUGCCAGAUAUCUGCCUGGUCCAGUGUGCCAGAGGGAACAGACCCAACAGCACCAACUGCAUCAUCUUUGAAAUCAACAAAUUCUUGAUUGGUCUAGAGCUGGUGCAGGAGCGGCAGCUCCACCUGGAAACAAACAUUUUGAAAGUGGAGGAUGACACAAACUGUUCCUUAUCUUCCAUCGAGGAAGAUUUUCUCACCGCCUCGGAGCACCUGGAGGAGGAGAGCGAGGUGGAAGAAUCCAGGGAUGGUUAUGAAAAUAUAGAUGUCUCUGCCAGUGUUUUGGAAAGUAAGCCAAAGGAAUCUAUCCCACAGGAAUGGAAUUACAAGGAAAAGUCACUUUACACUUUGGAAGACAAAUACAUUAACAAAUAUCUUACACCAUUGUUGAAAAUAGAAGGCUCUCUGGAAAAAGUAGCAGAUGACACAGCCUUGCAGAAUCUAGAUCUCUUAGCCAACCCACCAGAGAGGAAAGGCAAAGCUGUGGAUUAUGAGAGACCAGUCUCAAGUUAUUAUUAUUCAGAAGCUUUUAAAAGUCAAAUGAAAAAAUCACAAGCUCUCUAUACCGCAGGUGACGCUGAUUUCUCCAAGAUGGCGAAGCAAGAUGGACCCUCUCCCUGUGGGUUUGCCUCUGAACAUGGAAGCGACUUAAAUCCAGGUGACCAUGAGUACAGAAUGAACUCUGUUCCUCCCGCUGGAGAAGCUACAACCGGUGAAUAUGCUACCAAUUUAGCAGAAUCCGUGCUGCAAGAUGCAUUUAUUAGAUUAUCUCAACCAACACUACCCCGGGAAUCUACAGUCAGUGGUUCCGUGGCAAGUGCUCUGUCACCCAACAGUUGUUCCACAAAGGACAUAGUGGUCCCGUGCUCCUGGAAUGAGCUUCCCAAAAUUGUCAUCAUCCAGAGUCCAGAUGGCAGUGGGGCUGCCCCUGAGUCAGGCCUCUCCUCGUGGCUGGAGACAGAAGUCUCUGCAGAAACCUCAGAUGACUUCCCUGCAGAGAACUCCAGCAGACACCCUCAGAGCACUUUAGAAAUUGCAUUGGCUUGUGCAGCCACUGUGAUUGGGACCAUUUCCUGUCCACAGGCCACAGAAAGACUCAAAAUGGAGCAAGAAUCCCUGGUGGCAAGCCAUCCUCUGGGAGGCAAUGAGCCUCUGCAAAUGCAAACAUUGCAAGGACUCCAGGAACCUUCCAUCAGCGAAUACUCAUUUCCAUCUGCUUUGUGUGGCAUGACUCAAGUGGCAAGCGCAGUGGCCGUCUGUGGCCUGGGUGACACAGAAGAGGUGAAGUGCCCUGCAGCUUCAAACAACCUCUCACCUACAGCCGAGACUUCUGCAAUCUUCUCUGCAGGCUGUGGUUCCAGCACUGGGAGGAGCAUGGAUCUGGGGAGGGAAGCCAUGGCGGAGGCCUUGCUCAGGGAGACUGCUCUGGUGUUAACCAAGCCUAAUACCUACAGCAGCAUUGGUGACCUCCUGGAGUCCAUGACCGGGAGAAUCCUAGAAACCGCUUCCAAGCCUCAGCCCUUGUGCUCAGAAAAUGUCCUUGGGAAUGAGCUGGCACAGACCCUGUCCAGUAUUAUCCUAAAGCAUUCCAUUGAUGAAGUUCACCAGAAAAAUAAAAUAAUGGGCCCCGCAAAUGGCAGGCCUUCCUCGGAAACAUUAGACAUCUUAAUGGAAACGACGCACCAACUGCUCUUCAAUGUGAUAUGUUCCACUUUCAAGAAGAUGCACCAUAUAGUCCAGCUUGGCGAAUGUGCCACCGCCCUUUCGAAGGAGUCCAUCGGGUGGAGGGGAACAGAACGAGAGGCCCAGCCACCCGCUCCGGCUGCCAGGCAAGUGUGGAUGAAAGCCCCUGAACACUCCAGCGGCCAGCCACUGAGCAGCUCCCGCCGCCCGAGCCUUGCUAUCAACGACCCUGCACAUGACCAGCACCCAAAGCAAGAUGCCAAAGGCCCAGAGAAGCCAGGUCUCUGCAGGAACCCCAAGUUGCCAGCCGAGUUGCCAUGUGGUCCCAGCGGGCCUGAUUCACCACCUGUGGAGACACCCCCCACAGAAGCAGACCUGAAAGCUAUAGGGAGAGAGGACACCAGAGCCCAUCGCAGGCUCAGUCAACCAGGGAGCGAGUGCAGAGGCUCUCCUGGGGGAGAGAGGACACCCUCAGCCCUCAAGUGCAGCGCGGGCUCACAGGGUGCGCAGCAGGGCAGCCUCUGGCCAAACGCCCCCGACCAGCCCCCUUGCGCCUCGCCUGUAAACGAGGGUCCGGGCAGCCUGUCUUUGCUGGGGACGGCCGCGCUGCUGCCCGCGCUGGCCCUGCCGCAGGCCAGCCCCGCAGACCUCUACUGCAUUGCAGACUUCGCCGAAGAGUUAGCCGAGACCAUCGUCUCCAUGGCAACUGAAAUCGCAGCGAUUUGCCUUGACAACUCCAAUGGAAAACAACCCUGGUUUUGUGCUUGGAGAAGAGGGAGUGAGUUUCUGGCGACCCCGAGCGUCCCCUGCCGACCCCUGAAGAGGAAAAAGGAAAGCCAGGCGGGCGGCGCGCUGAGGAAGCACAAGCCCCCCCGGCUCAGCGAGAUCAAGCGGAAAACCGACGAGCACCCGGAGCUGAAAGAGAAGCUGAUGAACAGAGUGGUGGACGAGUCCGUGAACCUCGAGGAUGUCCCCGAGGCCGUCAACGCCUUUGCCAACGAGGUGGCCGCCAAGAUCAUGAACCUGAGCGAGUGCUCCAUGGUGGACGGGGUCUGGCAGGCCCAGGGCUGCCCCCGCAGCCGCCUGCUGAGCGAGCGCUGGAGCCGGCUGAAGGCCUCCAGCUGCGAGAGCAUCCCCGAGGAGGACCCCCAGGCCAGGGCCUUGGUCGGCAGCCUGGGGCUGGCGCGGGCGCUGAGCCAGCCGGGGAGCAGGGCCAGCUCCGUCUCCAAGCAGUCGAGCUGCGAGAGCAUCACGGAGGAGUUUUCCAGGUUCAUGGUGAGCCAGAUGGAGAGUGAAGGGCGGGGCUUCGAGCUGCUGCUGGACUACUACGCAGGCAAGAACGCCAGCAGCAUCCUCAGCUCGGCCAUGCAGCAGGCCUGCCGCAAAGGCGAGCACCUGAGCGUGAGGCCCACCUGUCCCUCGAAGCAGUCGAGCACGGAGAGCAUCACCGAGGAGUUCUACAGGUACAUGCUGAGGGACAUGGAGAGGGAGGGCCGGGACGGGCCCGCCUCCCGACGGGGCAGCCAGGACUGGGCGGCGGGCUUUCUCUCGCCCUCUCUGCGCUCGCCCUUGUGCCACAGACAGUCCUCCAUGCCAGACAGCAGAUCCCCCGGCGCCAGGCUGACCGUGAAUGCGCCCAUCAAAGCCAGCUCCUUAGACGGCUUUGCCGCCAACAGCCCGCAGGAGUUCCUAAGCGUGCAGCUGGGCAGUGGCGCUGGGCAGUCUGGGCUCUGCAAAUCGGACUCUUGCUUGUACCGGAGAAGCGGCACGGACCAGAUCACCAGCAGGCUGAUUCACGAGACGUGGGCAAACUCCAUCGAGGCCCUCAUGCGCAAGAACAAGAUCAUCGUGGACGACGCGGGGUCCGCGGGGUCCGGCUCUGCCCUGCGCGCGGCCAAGUCGGCGGGGCCGGGCGCUCCGGGCAGAGCGCAGGGCGGGCGCGGGCGGCGCGGGCCUGAGUCGGUGGAUCACCCGAGGAGGGACUCGGUGGCCGAAAGCCCCCAGCCCCCCGCGUCGUCUCCAAGCAAACCUGCUCCUCUUACCACUCGCCACAGUUUAGAUUCUAAAAAGGAAAUUUCCUCGGGCCUCGAGGUAAGCCACACCAGGAGAUCACUUUGCCCAAGGGAAGUGCCUUUAAUUCAGAUCGAAGCAGAUCAGAGAGAAGAGUGUGCUGGAGACCCUGAAGGCUUCCUUUCCCAAGGCAGCCCCCUGGAGAAAGCAGAAGAGCCUCUGAAAGAAGAACAAGGGGCAGCAGUGGCAAGAGGUGGAGACAGGGCCUUGAGUGCCUGCCAGAAACACAGUGACAGCCUUUGUACCAGAGAUACCCCAGAGGCUGAAGUCUCCACAGAAGGCAGAGACCCUGAUGAGUCCCCCAACCCCCCGGGCAGCAGCGGGGAGAGCACAGACAGCUGGUCCCAACUCGCCAACGAGGAGGACAACCCAGACGACACCAGCAGCUUUCUGCAGCUCAGUGACAGAUCCAUGAGCAAUGGCAACAGUAGUGCCACUAGCAGUCUUGGCAUUAUGGACCUGGACAUUUAUCAGGAAAGCAUGCCAUCUUCUCCUAUGAUUAAUGAAUUAGUAGAAGAGAAGGAGAUUCUUAAAGGACAGUCAGAAAACGUAGAGGAACCGGCCCCUGGACUCCCGGUGGGAGCAGCCGGCCACCAGGGCAGCCUGCUGGUGAUCAACUUUGACCUGGAGCCAGAGUGUCCUGACGCUGAGCUUCGAGCCACUCUGCAGUGGAUCGCUGCCUCUGAGCUUGGGAUUCCCACCAUCUACUUUAAGAAAUCCCAGGAGAGCAGAAUUGAAAAGUUUCUAGAUGUCGUGCGUCUGGUCCAUCAGAAGUCCUGGAAAGUGGGGGAUAUCUUCCACGCAGUUGUCCAGUACUGCAAAAUGCAUGAGGAGCAAAAGGAAGACACCCCGAGUCUCUUCGACUGGCUGUUGGAGCUGGGAUAAGGCAGUGCUAUCUGUAGAGUAUUCUUUUCCUUUAUUCCAGCUUAGAUUACAGUGAUUUGCUCUAAAUUUUCUCAAAACAUCACAUCACAUUAGCAGAGCUAUAAAAAAAAUCUGCUUCUCAAGACUAUUGCACAUGGAAAAAUGUGAAGAAAAUCAAAAUAUAGGUCUGUACAGAUCAAUACUACCUGUGGCCGAUUUCAAAAUAGCUUGUGUUAGAAUGUCUGGAAAACAGACCUUAAUGAAAUCUUAAUGGGACUCAAAUUAAAAGCUUAUAACGAGGUCCAAACACCAAGGAAAUUGUACUUACAUAUUUUUGACGAUAUGAAAUGAUAUGUCAUGUCUCCAAUUAUAUAACUCAACUAGAAACAAAGUCACUGGUCAGAAUAAUUUUGUGACCUUGACUUUGCUUUUCUGAGCAAUUUAAGGAGGCAUUAGCCCAAAUAAAGUCUUAAGAUAUAGCUGACAAAUUUCCAUAAUUUUGAUGUGAAUGAUUGCACUUUGAGACCAACCUCAGUGGACAUUAACAGAAAAGCAAGAGAAUUAUCAAUGGUUUCUACUGAGGUGAUUUCCCUUACUCACUCAGCACACUGAUAAAAACUCUGAAUCUCCCCAACAGCAGCCCAUGAAACUAUUGCCUUCAGGUGAGAAAGAGAGGAAGAUCAAUCAAAGAUUGUCAUUUCUGACUCUUCAUUGCUUGGAUGACAUGAUUAUAGAAUUCUUACCCUAAGGGAAAGCUUUCUUUCUUAUUAAAAAAAAAAAAAGUCUUUUGAGAAAAAAAGUUGCUUGUGUAUUCAACUAUAUAAAGCAUAAACUUCCAUUUUAUUUUUAUUGUAAAUGAUAGAGAGAUUGUUAUCCUACAUAAUAUAUAGUUGACUGAAGGGUUCACAUGAGGGGAUUCUUACCUGAAGUCAGAUAUUGACAUGAGCUCAGCAGCCCCUGCUUCAUCAGUGUGUGGUACCCACAGGGAAGACAUGGUCUUUGGAUGAUGGAUGCAGGAUAUGAUAUGACCAGCUAGGAUCAUAGACUUCUCCUGGUGCAAAGCUAUUGGCAUUUCAUUUGGAAAAAAGAAAACUGGGUCAUAUUUUAAGUAUUUUAAUAACAGAGAUUUACUCUUUUGAAAGAUAAAGGUAUCUCCCUGAUGAGUCUUCUGUCCCUUCCAAUAAAUAAGCUAUAUUGGCUUUUAUUUUCUUGAUCAAAGAAGGUGUUUAUUAAAGAAUUCCUGAGAUACUGUUUUCACACUUUUUUAAAGGUUCUGAAGUAAUUGUAGUUGUGAACAAGGCCCGGCUCCCUCGAUGCAGACCUCGUAUGUCAUCCACAUUCUGAAAUAUCAGGAAGCUCGCCCCACACACUCACCCCCCUGGGAAUCAUUGCCAGGGCUCAUGAGGCAUUUAUGACAAAUGGCCCAAAUUUAGGUUUCAGUGACACAUUAACCAAAUAUCAAAUUCUAAAAUGUAUCCAUCAUCUCAAACUGGAAGUUCUUUGUGUGACUAAAUGGAAAUGAUAUAUUUAUUUUUUAAACAACCCCAGAAUAUCGUGUGUAGACUUUUGUUGUGCUCAAAUGAGUUUACUUAUCCUGCAAAGCACAAAUACUGGAUUGUAACCACGUGAUGAAGUUAUAUAUGUUGUACCCAAUGUUGCAAACUUAUCAAUAAACUU